AGCCACUUCUGUUCCCCCUCCUUCAGCAGAGGGGCGGAGAAGGGUUCCCAAAGCCAUAACUCCUUUUAGGGGGAUUUAGAAGGCAUACAAAAGCCCCUGGCUUCCUCAUUCCUCAGUCGGUGCCAGAACUCUUGAUCCUGCACUGGGAGAAAAUGUCUAUCCAGAGCCAGAGGAACGAGUCUCUCCAUGAGGCCAGAAAGUCAAUGAUGCAUUCAGCAGAGAGUGUCAAUAGGGCAGGAGUGGAGCAUCCUGCUGGUGGCUACAAGAAGUUGUUUGAAACUGUGGAGGAACUUUCCUCACCACUCACAGCUCAUGUUACAGGCAGGAUCCCCGUCUGGCUCACUGGCAGUCUCCUUCGAUGUGGGCCAGGACUCUUUGAAGUAGGAUCUGAGCCAUUUUACCACCUGUUUGAUGGGCAAGCCCUCCUGCACAAGUUUGACUUUAAAGAAGGACACGUCACAUACCACAGAAGGUUCAUCCGCACCGAUGCCUACGUGCGUGCGAUGACUGAGAAAAGGAUCGUCAUAACAGAGUUUGGCACCUGUGCUUUCCCAGACCCCUGCAAGAAUAUAUUCUCCAGGUUUUUUUCCUACUUUAGAGGAGUGGAGGUUACCGACAAUGCCCUCGUAAAUAUCUACCCAGUGGGGGAAGAUUACUAUGCCUGCACAGAGACCAACUUUAUUACAAAGAUUAAUCCGGAGACCUUAGAGACAAUUAAGCAGGUUGACCUUUGCAACUAUGUCUCAGUCAAUGGAGCCACUGCUCACCCCCACAUUGAAAGUGAUGGAACCGUUUACAACAUUGGUAAUUGCUUUGGGAAAAAUUUUUCAAUUGCCUACAAUAUUGUAAAGAUCCCUCCGUUGCAAGCAGACAAGGAAGAUCCAAUAAGCAAGUCAGAGAUCGUUGUACAAUUCCCCUGCAGUGACCGAUUCAAGCCAUCUUACGUCCAUAGUUUUGGUCUGACUCCCAAUUACAUCGUUUUUGUGGAGACACCAGUCAAAAUUAAUUUGUUCAAGUUCCUUUCUUCAUGGAGUCUUUGGGGAGCCAACUACAUGGACUGUUUUGAAUCCAAUGAAACCAUGGGAGUUUGGCUUCAUAUUGCUGACAAAAAAAGAAGAAAGUACCUUAAUAAUAAAUACAGAACCUCUUCCUUCAACCUCUUCCAUCACAUCAACACCUAUGAAGACAGUGGGUUUCUGAUUGUGGACCUCUGUUGCUGGAAAGGAUUUGAAUUCGUUUAUAAUUACUUGUAUUUAGCAAAUUUACGUGAGAACUGGGAAGAGGUAAAAAAAAAUGCCAGAAAGGCCCCUCAACCUGAAGUUAGAAGAUAUGUACUUCCUUUGAAUAUUGACAAGGCUGACACAGGCAAGAAUUUAAUCACGCUCCCCAACACGACAGCCACGGCAAUUUUGUGCAGUGAUGAGACCAUAUGGCUGGAACCUGAGGUUCUCUUCUCAGGGCCUCGCCAGGCAUUUGAGUUUCCUCAAAUCAAUUACCAGAAGUAUGGUGGGAAACCUUAUACAUACGCCUAUGGACUUGGCUUGAAUCACUUUGUUCCAGACAGGCUCUGUAAGCUGAACGUCAAAACUAAAGAAAUUUGGGUAUGGCAAGAGCCGGAUUCAUAUCCAUCAGAACCCAUCUUUGUUUCUCACCCAGAGGCCUUGGAAGAAGAUGAUGGUGUAGUUCUGAGUGUGGUGGUGAGCCCGGGAGCAGGACAGAAGCCUGCAUAUCUCCUGGUUCUGAAUGCCAAGGACCUGAGUGAAGUUGCCAGGGCUGAAGUGGAGAUUAACAUCCCUGUCACCUUCCAUGGACUGUUCAAAAAAUCCUGAGUAUAUUCUAGCAAGAUAUGCUUAUGGUGACAAACUAAGAAAAGUAGCUUUGGGUCUGCAAUCAAAUUCUGUUCCGUUUUAGCCUGCUGUAUUCUGUGGUUUUAACUUGCACAUGCACACAGUUUUUCAAAGUUUUAUAGAAAGCACUGAGCUGAGCAAGCAAUUUCUUGAAAAACAAAAAAAGUAUUUUCUUGAUAAAAUAGAUCAUAACUGAAAUUUUUCUUUUAAUAUUUAGAAUCAAAUAGCAGAUUAAUGUGGACUUAUUAAACUGCUUUUUAUUCCUAUAUAAAAGAUCAUUGUAGGUAGCUAUCUGCUCCAAUGUUUUUUUUAACAUUUAAAAACCAAAGUCUUCUACACCUGAUAUGUCUGUAGAUUUGCUGAAUCAAGGCAAAAAGUCUUAAUUACUAAAUGUCAAACCAAACUUUUCAUUAAACCAGGGACAUAGCAAUUUCUUUGCAUAUAUGUAACUGCUUAAAGAUCCUUAAUGAACUUUAACCUCUUUGUUCAAUUUUUUUUCAAUUCCAUGCUUCAUUCCGUUUAAUACUGGCAAUUGCUGUCAUUUCUAAUUUUGCAAUGAAAAAGCCUAUGUCCCAUUGACUGUGGUCUCUCAGUCAAAUAACAUCUCAGAGAUUAAGUAUAUAUUUAAAGCUUAUUUAAUGCCAACACAAGUACAUUUAGCAGCGACUGGUUUUUUAAAAGCAGCAUAAAAUACUGCAUAAUAUCAACUUAAAAUCUGAAUGUGGGAUAAUGUUGAGGGGUUAUGCUAUGUUGCCUCUUCUGUUUCAUCAUAUUAAAACACUGUGCAAUCACCUGACUGAAGGCAGAGAAAAAAAUUAACUCAGUAACUUUCAAGUAUUAACACAUUUUAAGCACCUUAUAUUUAAAUUACUCUCUUCUGUGCUAUAGAUUACAAGAAAAAAAUGGAUAUUGGCAGGCAAAUUAUAUUCUAUAUCUUAAUCCUUGCAUCUAUCUUAUGCCCAAAAGCAUUACAUAUCAUCAUAUUUAAAAUGAUCAGAAUCAUGCUUGACUAGGUAAAAAUAGUUUGAAAGAGCACAUUGACCAGGGUACUUUAGGCAUCUACUUGAUUUCCUUACUUAGUAAGAUGAAAACUCAUUUUUUAAAUUUUAAGUACCUAUUAAAAUAUACUUCUCAAAGCAAAUCCAAAAAGAAAAAUAAAAUUUAAAAUGUAAAAAUCACAUAGUGCCCAUCUAAAUUCGGUUACUAUUAAGACUUGAGUACUGGUCUUUUCAUAUUUUUCUCCCUGUAGAUUUUUAAUAUAACCAUCAUUUAUCUGUGGAUGAUUCCUAGAAAGACAUAAAAAUAUCAAAAAAGAAAAGGGAAAAAGCCAGAGAAUUAUGUGGAACACGUCACUGUAAAUAAACUAUCGAUCCAUUGCUUUUUGCCUCUAGACAUAGCACAUGGACAGAAUUUCACCAAGAAAGGCAUUUUUCCAUUUCUUUAUAAAAUGCAAAACAAAUUAUUGAAAAAUUGCUAAGUUUUAGACUUCAAGUCUGAAUUUAAGAGAAUUCCUUCCACUGUCACUUCCUUCACUUGCCGUUCACUCACUCACUCCCUGGCUUUGUCCUGUCCAUUCUCCACCAAGAAAACCUCACGAUUCAAGGUACCCACAUCUCCCUUCUGAGAUGAAGACGGGACAGAGGCAGAUCUAUCAUUUAGCCUAAGUUGGAAUUCUCUAUUACCAUCAUUGCUAAUAUUAUAACAAGAGGGCUUAGGAACUGCUUUACAAAUCCAAAGAUGGAAUGUAGGCUUUAAAAACUUCAAUCAGAAUGAGAAAGAUGUAAGUCAGGCAAGAGAGGUUACCUCAUUAAUUCAAACUGAAUAAAUUAAGGAAACUUCUUUCAAAGAAAAUGCCAUCCAUCUGGGUGACUGAGAGAACUAUGUCCCAUAUAGAAACAAAGAAAUCUGUUUUAAGGGAAAAAAAAGUUCCACUGAAGUAUUGUAAAUCAACCUGCUAAUAAAUAGCUAUUUUUAAAAUAACAAGCUAUUUAGAGUCAACUUUUUUCCACUUUGAGUAUCUUCUAUUUUUCAUAGCUAAGGGGAAAAAAGAAUAAAACUUUUGGCAUAAUUCAUCAAAAGAUAAUUUAACUGAUAACUACCUCAUUGCAAACAAUAUAGGCAGAGUCCCUACACUAUGUUCUAAAGGAGAAAAUACCAACAGACAUCAAAAGAAAACUAUCUAUCUUCCAAAACUUCUACGGCAGUAUGACACCAUCAACCCAUAGUCCAGUUUAAGAAUAAAAUGUCAUGUUUUCUUCUUUCAGUCUGAGAGGAAGAGUAUAGGCACAUACCCCAAGAAACACCAAAUCUGCUAAAUCUCUGUCUCAGUGGAAAACUAAACUCUGAAAUACAGAAAAGAAACUCCCACUUACUUAAUGCCUACUGUAUGCUAAGCACUUUCAUUCUUCUUGCUAUAUCCAACAUGGUAUUGUCUUCAUCAUUUUAAAGAUGAGAAAGAGUCGGGCAUGGAGGUGCACACCUGUAAUCUUCUCAACUGGAGGC